AUCUCUGUGUGACCUUUGUUCCCUUUUGGACUGACAAAAACAUCCAGAGUAUAAAAAGGAGGGGGAGCGUCUGAGGACAGACUUGUAUUUGUUGAAGGAGCUGCCUGCAACUCAACGCUGUGCAGAGGCAACCUUCCAACUAACAGAUUGGGGUGGUGAAGAGGCGCAGGAGGUAUGAGGACCUCCCUCAGCCUGCUCCUCGCUCUCUGCCUGCUCCAAGGGGGCGGGGCGGAGGGCGAGGGGGGCGGGCCGCGCUGUCAGCCCCCGCCCAGCUGGAAGAUCGGGGCGGUGGAGCCCAUGAGGGAGGCGAUGGGCCGGGUGACGGUGGUGGCCCUCCUGCAGGCUAGCUGACUGUUCUGCUUGGUGCAGGCGUCCAGAAUGGACGGCCUGCGCCUGAAGAUGGAGAGCGAGGGCUUGAAGGAUGUGACCUACAUGGUCGUCAACCAGCAGGGGGUGCAAGCUCAGAACCUGCACCCCAUGCUGGAGCAGAGGUUGUCGGCCAACAUAGCGCUGUACAAACAGGAGGAGCAGCAGCCGGACGUCUGGCAGCUGCUGAACGGGGCCAAGGAUGACUUUUUCGUCUAUGACAGAUGUGGACGCCUCACCCACCAGAUUUCACUUCCCAACUCCAUCAUUGGCCAGGGCCACAUCGAGGGCGCCAUCAAGGACGCUUACUGCAAGCGCUCAUGCGGCGCCUGUGAAUAUGAGAGUGUUGAGAUCCCGAGUGAGUGUCAAGCGAACGUAGAAGAACGACCCGCCGCACCAGCAGUGGAGACGGACACAGGGCACCACCACCAUCAUCAUCACGGGCAUCACGGGCAUGGCAACCAUCAUCAUCAUCACCAUGGAAACCAAGACCCCGUUGUGGUGCACCCUCAUAGCGUAGAUGACCACAAUGUGGGACAACAGGCUAACCAGGACCUCCACUUCCAGGAGGCGCAGAGUUCUUCUGUGAUGCAGGUCCCGUUAGCGCCCAAUAAGUGAAAGUCCAAGCACAGCUGACAGGUCGCCGACGCCCCGUCGGCCAGCUGAUGCUGACACUGACGGAGGCUGUUCGGCGAGGUGGCAAGCGACCGGCCUCACAGCCUGUGACGCUGCGAGCAGGCGCUGCCCGCCUCCUGCCGGUGACACGGUCUGGGCGAGGCCGAUCACGUCAGCGAGAGUUGACAG